GCGCCGGAGCCCCCGCGAUGUGCUGGAUUUCUACACAACGCGCGGGGCAGUGUGGUCUCUGAGUUUUGCCUCGUUCCUCCUGGCCAGAGGGGGCGCUCUCCGCUCCCCGCACGCUCGCUCCCGGCCGCUGGGCGGCGUUGUUGUGUAACGCGUUGUGUCCCCGCGGGUGCUGCAGAGGCCUCUUUCUCUCUCGGCCGCUCUCCCGCCCCACACUGUGCGCUCGGUGACCCCGGGCGGACCGCAGACCUGGACAUGGCAGCCACGGUGUCCCCGGUGGGGAAGCGACUGCGUCUCCUGUUUGACGAGACGGCCUCCGGCCGGGAGGAGAGCGCCGACCCGUCUACCCCGCUGGGAAAGCGGGCCUGGCAGGGCGGGACCGUGCGGGGCCUGAAGGGAGCGGUACCGGAGGAGCUGGCGGUAUUUGUGGAGUUUGAUGAAAAAAGCUAUAGAAAACACUCCUGGGUUCAGGUGCAUGGGGAAGAUGUCUUGGUGAUACUUCUUGAAGGACCAUUGGUUUGGUCACCUCGAAAAGAACCAAUUAUUAUCGAGGGUAGCCGUGUUUGCCCUACACACUGGCCAGCGCUGACAUUCACUCCUUUGGUGGACAAGAUAGGUUUAGGAACCCUAGUUCCCAUUGAAUUUCUUUUAGAAGGAGUAAUGCAUUUCCUACCAGAUGCCAGCAACCUGCGUCUUUAUCAGCAAAUGGGAGUGGACAGUCAUAAGCUGGUUUUGAAGGAACAGCCAUUAUUGAAGGAUGAAGUAACUGCUGUGAUCAACUCAAGAAAAAUCCAAGAUAUUAUUUUACGAGGUAUUUGCAGUAUACAGGGUCAGGAAGUCCGCGUUUUCAUGCCAGAUGCAGAGGAGUCGUGGUUUUCUGGAAUUGUGACCCAUCAAGAUCCUAUUAGUCGUAUAAUAAGUGUGGCCAUAAAUGAGGAAAGCGAGCCAAGGUCUGUGGAUCCCAGAUUGGUACAUGUGGUGCUGACUGAUGAUGCUGCUUUCCAGCCUGAGGAAACUUUGGUGAAGGGCAGUAAAACAUCAAAAAUGAAGAAAAAAAAAGAAAAUACUGAUGGAAAGGAUGGACGCAGGAGAAAAAUCACCACAGAUCCUGAGGGUGAUACAGCCUCUAAAAAGCAGAAAGGGGAAAAGAAGGAGGUGGAAAGUAAUGGAAAUGAUGGCAAUGAAGUGAGCCGGUCAGCCUGGAAAGGGAGUAGUAUUGUCGAUCCAGCAAAAGAUGCGCAAACCAAACAAAUGCUACACUACGUCCCUCAGAUUAAUCGCAAUAUCCGCUUUGCAACUUACACCAAAGAGAACGGGCGUACAUUAGUUGUUCAAGACCAGCCUGUGAGUGACAGCCCAUCUCUAGCUUUUCCAUCUUUCUCUGCAAUAGCUAGCCAAACGCCAAUGAGCUCAGAAGCAGCUAGAUCAGGUAGCAAAAGUAUCUUGUCUUCAGAAAAUGCUGGAAAUCCUGUCGAAAGUAUGACCUCAAGUGGAGUUACAGCAACAACAGUGAGAAUCUGUGAUACCAGUACAUCCACUGCGAAAGGAGAAGACAAAAUGCCCACUUGGACCCUUGGAGAGAAUGUAAGAAAAUCUCUUCUGGCCAAGAGUGGAUUUGGCAUGUCUCUCCCCCAGUCAACAUUUGGAGGGGACCGUAGUCAAUCAAAUGGCACAAUUUCAGAGAACAAAACUAUUGGGUUUCAGUUUGGUAAAAGUAGCAUUGAAGAGGCACCUAAGGACACUGAUGUUUCAAAAAACUUGUUUUUUCAGUGUAUGUCACAAAAUGUCCCCCCAAGUAAUUAUUUUACUGCUAUAUCGGAGAGUGUGGCAGAUGACUCCCCAAAUAGAGGAGACAUGUUGAAGCAAAAUAAGGAGGGUCUUGCUUCUACCCUUUGCAAACCUAAAACGCUUAUUCCAACUGAAAAUAAAGGAAAUGCAAAACUGUCCUUUUCUGAAUCUAUGCCAAAACUUACACCUGCUUUUCCUGGAAAAGUUUUAACUACUCGACCUCCUGAAAGUCAUGAAAAUCUCUUUUUGCAGCCUCCAAAACUAUCCAGAGAGGAACCAUCAAAUCCUUUUUUGGCCUUUUCAGAUAAAAAAGACAACUCACCAUUCAGCUUUUCAACUUUGCCAAUACAAAGUUCCAUAACUAAUACUCCCCCAUUAUCUAGUUGGCAGGAGCAAAAUAAGGCUGAGGACUCCGGUUCUUUGGUUAAGAAAAAGCCGUUGUUUAUCUCAAUGGAUUCACCCAAAAGAUUACCAAUCUCUUCAGGUACAUCUGUUAGUGAUGCUAUUCAAACUUCUGCCUUUUUGGGAAAUGGACGUGCUAGUUCACCAGCAAGUAACUUAAAUCAACCCAUUGAAAUGCCAACUUUAUCAUCGAGCCCAACUGAGGAUAAGCCAGCAAUUGGAUCUAAUCAAUUGGAUAAUCCACUACUGAGAACCUUUACUGCAUUGUCGAGUAGACUCCAGCCUGGAGUACUCGGCACUUCUGAAUUUUCUCAUGACAGCAAGGCUGCUUUUGAAUCAGUUAACAGAUUUACUCUGGAUGAAAGAAGCAGAACAUCAAAGCAGGAUUCUGAUUCUAGCACCAACAGUGAUUUGAGUGACCUCAGUGAUACAGAGGAACAACUAAACUCAAAAGCUGGUUUCAGAGGAAUCCCAGAACAUCUUGUAGGAAGAUUAGGGCAUAAUGGAGAACGUGGUGUUGAGUUGUUCUUGGGAAAAGGAAGAGGAAAACAGGCUACUAAAGGGAGACCAAGAACGGCUCCACUAAAAGUUGGACAGUCUAUAUUAAAGGACAUGAGUAAAGUAAGAAAACUAAAGCAGUCUGGAGAGCCUUUUCUCCAAGAUGGUUCUUGCAUCAAUGUUGCACCACAUUUGCAUAAGUGUCGGGAGUGCAGAUUAGAACGAUACCGCAAAUUUAAAGAACAGGAUCAGGACGAUUCCACUGUGGCUUGCAGAUUCUUUCAUUUCCGAAGGCUGGUUUUCACAAGGAAAGGCAUUCUCAGAGUCGAAGGUUUCCUAAGUCCUCAGCAGAGUGAUUCAGAAGCUAUGCGACUCUGGGUACCAUUCUCAGUUCCAGCUGAAGGCAUCGAUUUAGAGACAUCAAAAUAUAUUCUUGCGAAUGUUGGAGAUCAGUUCUGUCAAUUGGUUAUGUCAGAGAAAGAAGCUAUGAUGAUGGUAGAGCCGCAACAAAAGGUGGCAUGGAAGCGAGCAGUAAGAGGUGUUAGGGAAAUGUGCGAUGUGUGCGAAACCACCCUCUUCAACAUUCACUGGGUAUGUCGCAAGUGUGGAUUUGGCGUCUGUCUUGAUUGUUAUCGACUUCGAAAGAUCCGCCCUCGUAGAGAAGACGAUGUUGGCGAUGAAGAAGUUUUUGCCUGGUUAAAGUGUGCGAAAGGUCAGCCUCACGAACCUGAGAAUCUAAUGCCAACACAGAUUAUUCCGGGCACUGCUCUUUACAACAUUGGGGACAUGGUUCAUGCAGCAAGAGGAAAAUGGGGUAUCAAGGCCAACUGUCCAUGUAUUAGCAGGCAUAAUAAAACAGUUUUGAGGCCUGCGGUCACCAAUGGAAUAUCCCAGCUGCCAAGUGUAAAUACCGCUGCUUCAUCUGUUGAGCAGAACACUUCAUCCGCUACUGGAGAAGGUAACGACAUGGAUAUUAAACCUGAGGAAAUUCUGAAAACCGAAGGUAUGGAUAAUGUAUCCAAUGAGGCUUCAAGGAGUGACCUUAAUAAUUGUGUCACUGCUGGCACAGAGAAUAAAAGCAAACCGCAGGGUCCAGAAUCCACUCCCUCCUCUGCCCUGCACUGGCUGGCAGACCUGGCUGCUCAGAAAGCAAAGGAAGAAACCAAAGACGUUAGUCCUUUGAAAACAGUACUCAACAAAGAGCCAAGUUCAUCUUUUGGCAUUGAUGCUUUUAAUGCAAGUGCAAAAACGACAUCCUCACCCAAGCUUUUUAAUAGCCUUUUACUGGGCCCAGCUGCUGGAAACACUAAGGCAGAGGGUUCCAGUCUAAGAGAUCUUCUUCACUCUGGCCCAGGAAAACUUGCCCAUGGAAACACAGAAGCAGGCAUUCCAUUUCCACCUGUCUUUAACACAUCUACCGCAAAGGGGAAAUCCAGCUUACCAAAUUUCCUGGACCACAUUAUUGCUUCUGUGGUAGAAAAUAAAAAGACUUCAGAUGCUGCUAAAAGAGCAAGCACAUCUUCGGAAGCCCUUAAAGAGGGAAAAGAGAUGGUGAUGGGUUUAAACGUUCUCGACCCACACACCUCACAUUCCUGGCUCUGCGAUGGAAGACUUCUAUGUCUUCAUGAUCCCAGCAACAAAAAUAACUGGAAGAUAUUUAGAGAAUGUUGGAAGCAAGGUCAGCCUGUGCUGGUUUCUGGAGUCCAAAAAAAGUUAAAGUCUGAGCUCUGGAAACCUGAAGCUUUUAGUUUAGAAUUUGGAGACCAAGAUGUGGAUUUAGUAAAUUGCCGGAACUGUGCAAUUAUUUCCGAUGUGAAAGUUCGUGAUUUCUGGGAUGGAUUUGAAGUCAUUGAAAAGAGAUUGAAGUCAGAUGAGGGCUCUCCAAUGGUUCUUAAAUUGAAGGACUGGCCUCCUGGGGAAGAUUUUAGAGACAUGAUGCCAACGCGAUUUGAAGACUUGAUGGAGAAUCUUCCUCUCCCAGAAUAUACAAAAAGAGAUGGAAGACUGAAUUUGGCUUCUAGACUGCCUAGCUACUUUGUGCGACCAGACCUGGGGCCUAAAAUGUACAAUGCCUAUGGUUUAAUUACUGCUGAAGAUAGAAGAGUUGGUACCACAAACCUCCAUCUGGAUGUCUCUGAUGCGGUAAAUGUUAUGGUAUACGUUGGCAUUCCUACAGGAGAACAUGCAUAUGAUGAUGAGGUUAUAAAAACAAUUGAAGAGGGAGAUGCUGAUGAAGUAACUAAAAAGCGUAUUCAUGAAGGAAAGGAAAAGCCUGGUGCUUUAUGGCAUAUUUAUGCAGCCAAGGACGCAGAGAAGAUCCGUGAACUACUCAGAAAGGUUGGAGAUGAACAAGGGCAAGAAAAUCCAUCAGAUCACGACCCUAUCCAUGACCAAAGUUGGUAUUUAGACCAGGCAUUACGUAAACGUCUAUAUGAUGAAUAUGGCGUGCAAGGCUGGGCUAUUGUACAGUUUCUUGGAGAUGCAGUAUUUAUUCCUGCUGGAGCACCUCACCAGGUUCACAAUUUACACAGUUGUAUAAAGGUUGCAGAAGACUUUGUCUCCCCAGAACAUGUGAAACACUGCUUCCGCUUGACACAGGAGUUCAGGCACCUUUCAAACACACACACAAAUCAUGAGGACAAACUACAGGUGAAGAAUAUUAUUUACCAUGCAGUGAAAGAUGCAGUCGGAACGCUGAAAGCUCACGAAUCAAAAUUGGUUAGAUCAUAGUAAAUGUGGCUUUAUUGACUUAGAAAAAAACAAAAUGAAACCAUGGUGACACAUUCAGAAGCUGGACUUGUGCUUGCUACGACUAGAAGCUUUCUUAGAUAAACUGCGUGAAUCCAUUAAACAAGCAAGCAAGCCACGAUUUUCUUACAGCCUCAUAUCGAAAGUACCAGUAAGAAGUUCAACUUAUGGAUUUUAUUGGAAGGCAACUUUUUUGUUGUUGUUGCCCUCUCGAAAUCUCACCACACUAGCACUGGCCAAGAGUGCUUCUAGUAUAAUGCAGAACUAGAAAUGUAGAAGAGCACAUGUUUUGCCUCUAUCGUGCUUUGUUUUCUGGUCUUUUAAAGUCUUCUGAGAAAAUAAUUCAAGAUGGACUAACAUAGUAAAAGUGUAAAAUGAAAAAAAAAAAA